AUGUCAAACGACAAGUGGCCCAUCCACCAUGCCAAGGUGCUGUUCAUAACAUGCAUGUUUUGGACCGUAUUGCUACUGACCACUAGCGUGCCACAAUUUCAUGGGUCGUGGACUCUGGCAGCCACACUUCAACCCACACGAGCCGAUGACUUUGUCGAAUCCAUUGGUGUCAACACACAUCUCUCCUAUCCCAACUCUUGCUACUAUGAUUAUUUUAAUGACUUUUCCAAAUAUCUUCUCGAGUCUGGUAUUCGCAAAAUUAGAGAUUCUCUUCGUGAUGGUCCUCAAUGGUAUUACGAUCGUCAUAAUUAUUUGGGUAUGAAUGGAAUUAAGGGUAUUUUCUUGACGGAUAAUCCCAAUCGACCUGCUGAACUGAUUCGUUCGUAUCCUCUCAAAGUUCCUUUCAUUUUCGAACGUUAUGAAGGAAUUAAUGAAUAUGAUUUGAGAGGUGAUCCCAACUGGGUGAAUGUUACCAUUGAAUGGACAAAAUUCAUGUGGGACAAUCAUAACACAAGUUUUCCAGUGUUGGCUCCCUCUCUCACUUCACUGGCAGCAUUUGAAGCUGUUGGAGAUUUGAGUGCCUAUGUUGAUUUUGCAAACAUGCACAACUAUUAUGGAUCCUAUCCACCAACUAAAGGAUGGGGACCUCAAACACAGUAUGGAUUUACAGGUACAGUGGAUUACUUUCACAAUUUAACAUCAAGCACUCAAGUCAAGAAGAAAAAACCUGUCGUUACCACUGAAACUGGAUGGCAGACUCGAUUGGGACCUGUUAUUUAUUGGGUACCAGAAAGUAUUCAAGCCAAAUAUACGUUACGUUCAUUGAUGCUUCAAUGGAUGAGAGGAGUGGAAAGAACCUAUCUCUAUGAAAUGUGUGAUGAUCGUGAAUAUUUUGGUUUACUUUAUUAUAACUCGACCUCGAACAGUGAGCCCCCAACACCAAAACCUGUGUAUUACGCUUUGAAAAAUAUGAUUUCGGUGUUGGAAGAGAAACCAAGACAACCUAAAUUUACGCUGAAAGAAUUAACCAUUGAAAUGAAUCCAAACUCGACUACCAACUCGAAAAUUCAACACACGCUAUUCCAGAAGAGUAAUGGAAAUUAUUAUUUGGCUAUUUGGCAAGAAACUUUUGGUUAUGAUAAGGGAAUGUUCUUUAAUACGACAUCGCUCACUGUGAAUUUAAAUUUCACACAGUUAAGCAUGUUUAAUGUGUCACUUAUGCGUCUCUACACCUUCGAUACAGCCUCAGGAAGCAUGACCAAUGCUACAGUGGUUUUAUCCAAAAAACACAGCAAUUUAAUUUCAGCCAAUUUUCAAAUUACAGAUACCAUGACUCUUGUUGAAAUGAUCCCACAUCAGUCAAGCCCUCCUCCACUCGGUUCUCCAAGUGUAAAACCUGUUCCAUCUCCAAGUGGAGGAAAUCAUCCAGGAAGGUCAUUAUCAAAAAUACCGCCCAAAGACAAAAGUGACAAAGCCAAUUCAGGUGAGAAGAGUGGAAUGGUGUCAAGCUACCAGGCCAUUAUCUUGACAAGUAUCGUCAUCCUUUCGAUUUUAAUUGUACACUGA